CCUGGCAUCCCGGUAGCCGCCGCAGUGUUUUCUGCCCCCUGCGUUCCCUCCACCAGUAGCGGACCCCUUCGGCUCUCGGGGAUCGCCCUGGAGGGGCUGCGUCCUCCGAGCCUGGGCCUCAUAACCCUUUUGUGGCUUCCCCUGUCUGCUCCCAGCCAUGGCCAGUGAGAAUUCACCUCUGCUGGCCUACCGGCUCCUGGGGGAGGAGGGCGUUGCCUUCCCUGCUAAUGGGGCAGGGGGUCCUGGAGCGACGUCUGCCCGGAAGCUCUCCACCUUCCUGGGUGUGGUGGUACCCACGGUCCUGUCCAUGUUCAGUGUAGUUGUCUUCAUGAGGAUUGGGUUUGUGGUGGGCCAUGCUGGGCUGCUCCAGGCCCUGGCGAUGCUCCUGGUCGCCUACUUCAUCCUGGCACUCACCGUCCUCUCUGUCUGUGCCAUAGCCACCAAUGGAGCUGUGCGGGGGGGCGGAGCCUACUUCAUGAUCAGCCGGACCCUGGGGCCUGAGGUUGGGGGCAGCAUCGGCCUCAUGUUCUACCUGGCUAACAUCUGUGGCUGUGCCAUCUGCGUGCUGGGGCUGGUGGAGGCUGUGCUCGAUGUCUUCGGGGCUGAUGCCACAGGGCCCAAUGGGCUUCGAGUCCUCCCGCAGGGCUACGGCUGGAACCUGCUCUAUGGCUCCCUGCUGCUAGGUCUCGUGGGUGGGGUCUGCACACUGGGAGCUGGGCUCUAUGCCCGGGCAUCCUUCCUUACAUUCCUGCUGGUUUCUGGCUCCCUGGCCUCAGUGCUGGUCAGCUUUGUGGCUGUGGCACCCAGGGACAUCCCCUUAACUCCUCUGCCUGGCCCCAAUGGCUCCUCCCUGCCCCCCCGGGUUGGACACUUCACUGGCUUCAACAGCAGCACCCUGAAGGCCAACUUGGCUGGUAGCUAUGCCCGGGACUACACCACGGGGGCCAUGAUGACCUUCGUCAGCGUCUUUGCUGUCCUCUUCAAUGGCUGCACAGGCAUCAUGGCAGGGGCCAACAUGUCAGGGGAGCUGAAAGAUCCCAGCCGGGCGAUUCCUCUGGGCACUAUCGUGGCUGUUGCGUACACCUUCUUCGUCUAUGCCUUGCUUUUCUUCCUCUCCAGCUUCACCUGUGACAGGUGCCUGGGAAGGGGGACCCUGCUGCAGGAAGACUACGGGUUCUUUCGUGCCAUCAGCCUGUGGCCCCCACUGGUGUUGAUCGGCGUCUACGCCACGUCGCUCUCAGCUUCCAUGAGCUCCCUCAUUGGCGCCUCACGCAUCCUCCACGCCCUGGCCCAGGAUGAUCUCUUUGGCGUGAUCUUGGCACCAGCAAAGGUUGUGUCUCGAGGAGGAAACCCCUGGGGGGCCGUGCUGUAUUCUUGGGGCCUAGUGCAGCUGGUGCUCCUGGCUGGAAAGUUGAAUACACUGGCUGCCGUGGUCACUGUCUUCUACUUGGUGGCCUAUGCUGCAGUGGACCUGUCCUGCCUAAGCCUGGAAUGGGCCUCAGCCCCUAACUUCCGCCCCACCUUCAACCUGUUCUCCUGGCACACCUGCUUGCUGGGGGUGGCCUCCUGCCUGCUCAUGAUGUUUCUCAUCAGUCCUGGGGCUGCCGGCGGCUCCCUGCUUCUCAUGGGCCUGCUUUCUGCCCUGCUCACAGCUCGAGGAGGCCCCAGCAGCUGGGGCUAUGUCAGCCAGGCCUUGCUUUUCCACCAGGUACGCAAGUACCUGCUCCGGCUGGACGUCCGGAAGGACCACGUGAAGUUCUGGCGGCCGCAACUGCUGCUCUUGGUGGGGAACCCCCGGGGCUCCCUGCCUCUGCUGCGGUUGGCCAACCAGCUCAAGAAGGGGGGUCUGUACGUGCUGGGCCACGUCACCCUGGGCGACCUUGACUCCCUGCCCUCGGACCCUGUGCAGCCGCAGUAUGGGGCAUGGCUGAGCCUGGUGGACCGGGCCCAAGUGAAGGCCUUUGUGGACCUCACCCUCUCUCCCUCCGUGCGCCAGGGGGCUCAGCAUCUGCUGCGUAUCUCAGGCCUUGGUGGCAUGAAGCCCAACACAUUGGUCCUGGGUUUCUACGAUGAUGCCCCACCUCAGGACCAUUUCCUGACAGACCCAGCUUUCUCGGAGCCUGCUGAUGGCACUAGGGAGGGGGGGCCUCCAGCCCUGAGCACCUUGUUCUCUCCACCUCGGGCUCCUGGGAGCCCCCGGGCUCUCAGUCCCCAGGACUAUGUGGCCACCGUAGCGGAUGCCCUCAAGAUGAACAAGAACGUGGUUCUGGCUCGGGCCUGUGGAGCCCUGCCCCCUGAGCGGCUGAGCCGGGGGUCUGGGGGCACUUCUCAGCCACACCACAUGGACGUGUGGCCCCUCAACUUGCUGCGGCCUCGGGGUGGGCCCGGCUAUGUGGACGUCUGUGGCCUCUUCCUGCUGCAGAUGGCAACCAUUUUGGGCAUGGUGCCUGCUUGGCACAGUGCUCGUCUCCGGAUUUUCCUGUGCUUGGGGCCUCAGGAGGCCCCUGGGGCGGCUGAGGAGCGGCUCCGGGCACUGCUGAGCCAGCUGAGGAUCCGGGCUGAAGUGCAGGAAGUGGUAUGGGGCGAGGGGGCUGGCAUCAGAGAGCUGGAAGAGGAAGGGUACUUUGAGAACAGCGGGUGGGGAGAUGCUGAGGCAGAGGCGCUGGCAUGCAGCGCCAACGCCCUGAUUCGGGCCCAGCAGGGGCGCAGCAGAAGUGGAGGGCCUGGUGGGCCGGAGGGUGGGGAUGAGGAGGAGGGACCUGCCACUGCCCUGACCUUCCUGUACCUGCCUCGGCCACCCGCUGAUCCUGCCCGAUACCUCCGAUACCUGGCGUUGCUGGAGAUCCUGAGCCGUGACCUGGGCCCCACGCUACUCAUUCAUGGUGUCACCCCUGUCACAUGCACUGAUCUCUGAUGCCUAAUGGAGCCCCAUUCCUGAUGGUGGGUAGAAAGGGCCCACCCAGGCUCAGCAACCCCUCUUGAUUAGUGGAUGUGGAGGAGAGGAAGCACCUCUUUCCACUUGCCCUGCACUUGGGGCUGGAGCCCAGUGGAGAUGUCAAGGGAUUCUGGGCGGGCCAACUCCUUUCCCAUUGUGAGUGGGACCCCAUGUACUAACGUAGGGCAGCUCUGCAUCCCAGUCUCCACUGUGGGGGGGCAGUCAGCAGCCCCCCUUCCCUUCACUGGUGCCUUGUUGGGAGGGGCUGGCUCUCCUCUUGCGACUCUAGGCUACCUCAGUCUCCCUCUCAUCGCUGACAGGCUCACUGACCCCUGAGGUUGUGAUGUGUUCGUUCUGUUUUAUUUUUCUAACUCUGCUGAACGUAAAUAAAAGAUCAACAAACUA